CUACUAUUCAGUGAAUUACCAUUCACUGCAUCAAUUAUACCUCAUUUGGCUGGUUAAGGUACAGAGUAAGGUUCUCCGUACCCUUCGUCCCCUGGAAUUUCCCAUUUUGAGAGAAUGGCUGCUUGGGGGGCAUAUGGUGCAAGAGGCACUGUCAAACCAUGUCCUGGCUUUAAUGCUUAUCACGAUGCAGAGAAUCUUCGUAAUUCCAUGAAAGGACUAGGAACUGAUGAAGAUGUCAUUAUUGAUCUUCUUUCAAGUAGAUCCAAUUUUCAAAGGCAACAGAUCAUUCAAGCCUUCAAGUCAGCUUAUGAUCAGAACCUAAUUGAUGAACUGAAGUCGGAGCUCAGAGGGAAUUUUGAAGCUGUGGUUGAGGGAUUAAUGCUGACUCCUGCAAAAUUUGAUGCACAACAACUAGCAUAUGCAAUGGAGGGUGCUGGAACUGAUGAACACGUCCUUGCAGAGAUUUUAACUACAAGGACAAACAAACAAAUUUUUGAAUUGACUGAAGCCUACCAGGCAGAGAAUGGGGUUAGUUUAAAGGAAUCCCUCCAGAGUGAGAAUGCUGGUGACUUUGAACAUCUUCUUGUGUCCCUGCAAAAGGGAAAACGAGAUGAAAGUGGACACGUAGAUGCAAGUCUUGCAAAGGUUGAUGCUCAGGAGUUGUUUGCCGCAGGAGAAGACAAGUGGGGAACUGAUGAGACAAAAUUCAUUAAGGUCUUCUGCAGGCGGAACUUUGCUCAUCUACAAAGAGUUUUUGAAGAAUAUUAUCAAAUAACUAACAAAGAUGUUGAAGACAGCAUUAAGGAUGAAAUGUCUGGUACAUUUCAAAUGGGAAUGUUGGGUCUAGUUCAAUAUGCGAAGAAUCCAGCUGCCUAUUUUGCAAAUAAGCUUUAUGAAGCCAUGUCGGGCGCUGGUACAGACGACAGAGGCCUCAUUCGAAUCGUAAUCUCUCGGAGUGAAGUAGACAUGAUGGAUAUCAAAACUGAAUUUUCCAAACUUUAUGGAAAAUCAUUAUUUUCAUACAUUGAGGAUGACGUGGGAGGUGAUUAUCGGAAGAUCUUGCUGCGACUCUGUGGAAAGGAUGAAGAUGACUGAAGCAGAUUGACUGCUUUACAACAAGGCCAUGACUCUGAGACUGAAUAUGGUGCAUUAUCCGUGUAGUCUCAUCAUCAUUUAUUUAUAUUCUGUAUGGCGAAGGUGAGGGUGACAUUUGUAAUUUGUGAGGUAAUGCAUUUGGUUGAAUGCAAUUUGGAUUCUGAAAUUUGUAACCAAUUUGCCAAUUCAUUUCAUGUUUGAGUCAGUAUUUCCAUAAUGUCUGGAUAAACAGUACAUUUUUGAUCCUUCCAAACUACUCUGCAUUAUAAUCUUUGCAUUAAAAAUUCUGUCUAAACAAAAAGCAUUUUUAUACAAGAGAGAAAAACAGCAAUUUUUUAACACUUAACAAUUGGAGAAUGGAAAAGUUAAAUGUCCUAUAUUUGCUUGACCUGGUAGGCUUUAUUUUUGGGGGAUGCCCAGCAUGUUGCUUAUUGUGUUUGCAUAUGGUGAAGUUUGAUUGACAUUUACUGUCUUUUAGCUGCUGGUAUUGUGUGGGUCAAAGGUCAUGGCUUGUCUUUUAGAAAAUAAAAUUCUUGACUGCUUCUACCUAA